AUGAUGCCUCAGCCCUCAUCUACGGCACUACCCGAAUAUGAUUUUUGGAAACAUAAGCACAUGGACAACGAACAAGAAGAAAAAAUAAAAUUAAAGAGACUACACUCGCAACUCUUCGCACUUUUGCUCGGAGUUCUAUCGUCAGUGACGCUUCUUGAUGCAUACAAAAAUCCGUAUUAUGCCCCGGGAAGAUCCGUCAAUGUUCAUUUAUUUGAGUGGAAAUGGGAUGAUAUAGCUAUCGAAUGCGAAAGAUUCCUAGGGCCUAGAGGUUAUGGAGGGAUUCAGGUAUCUCCACCAAACGAGAACGUUAUACUUAGAUCGUAUAAUCGCCCAUGGUGGGAACGAUACCAACCCAUCUCCUACCAACUGGUAACGCGAUCGGGCAAUGAAAGACAGUUUGCUGACAUGGUGCGUCGCUGCAAUGCCGUCGGUGUCAGAAUAUAUGUAGACGCAGUAAUCAACCAUAUGACCGGCGAACCCCAAGAAAACGUGGGUACCGCUGGUAACACUGCAAUAUUUAGAGAAUGGUACUAUCCAGCUGUGCCCUACAGACAGGAACACUUUAACUGGCCUCCUUGUGGUAUUGAAGGUUCGGAUUACCAGAAUAACGCUUGGCGGGUGCGUAACUGCGAGCUUGUCGGCUUAAAGGAUUUGGAUCAAAGUAAUGAGCAUGUUAGAAAUAUGAUCGUCAAUUUCAUGAACAAACUCAUAGAUCUUGGCGUUGCUGGAUUUAGAAUUGAUGCAGCAAAGCACAUGUGGCCGCAAGAUUUGAAAGUAAUUUAUGACAGACUACACAAUUUGAACACUGCACAUGGUUUUCCAUCAAAUGCCCGUCCGUAUAUCUACCAAGAAGUCAUUGAUUAUGGUGGCGAAGCUGUUAGUCGAGACGAAUACACACCUAUUGGUGCAGUCACAGAAUUUAGAGCUGGGAUGGAAUUGAGUAAUGCUUUUAGAGGAAAUAACGCUCUUCGAUGGCUAUCUUCAUGGGGUCCACAAUGGGGACUGCUUGCAUCUGCAGAUUCUCUUACGUUCAUAGAUAACCACGACAAUGAGAGAGGCCACGGGGGCGGUGGUGGCAUAUUGACGUAUAAAGAAUCUAAACCUUAUAAAGCUGCUAUAGCUUUCCUGUUAGCCCAUCCCUAUGGUGAACCUCAAAUAAUGAGCAGUUUUCAUUUCUGGGACUCCGAAAUAGGGCCACCUAUGGAUAGUAAUCAAAAUAUCAUUUCUCCAUCUAUUAAUUCCGACGGCACUUGCGGAAACGGGUGGGUAUGCCAGCAUCGAUGGCGCCAAAUCUACGCUAUGGUCGCAUUUAGGAACGCGGCCCGUGACGCCGGUGUUACCAACUGGUGGGAUAAUGGGAGCAACCAAAUUGCUUUCUGUCGUGGAAAUAACGCUUUUAUUGCUUUCAACAGAGAUUCUUGGGACCUAAAUCAGAAUUUACAGACCUGUCUCCCUCCGGGAAGAUAUUGUGAUGUUAUAUCAGGAGACAAGGUGAACAACUCAUGUCAUGGCAAGACCGUGACGGUGGGCAACGAUGGGCGCGCUAGUGUCCAGGUCGGAGCUAAUGAAUACGACAUGAUGUUGGCUAUUCAUGUUGGACCUGAGAGCCGCCUA